UCCUGCCAGCAGUGUGGAAGGAGUUUCAGAACAAAAGGAAGCCUAAAAAGCCACAUGAGCAUCCACACUGGAGAGAAGCCUUGCACCUGCCCUCAGUGUGGAAGAUGUUUCACUCGACAUGGAAGCUUUAAAAGGCACAUGAGAAUUCACAAUGGAGUGAAGCCGUACACCUGCAAACUGUGUGGAAAGAGUUUCACAACAGAACUUAACCUAAGGUAUCACUGGAACAGUCACACUGGAGAGAAGCCAUUCACAUGUGAUAAGUGUGGAAAGAGUUUGGGACACAAAACAAACUUUAAACGGCACAUGAUGCUUCACUCAAGAGAAAACUGUUUCACAUGUCAUCAGUGUGGGAUGACUUUUACAGACAAUAUACUCCUUGAGAAUCAUGUCAAAAGUCACACUGGAGAGAAGACUUUCAUGUGCUAUCAGUGUGGAAGGGAUUUUACACUUAAAGGAAACCUUCAGACUCACAUGAGAAUUCACACUGGAGAGAGACCUUUCACCUGCACUCAGUGUGGAAAGAGUUUCACAUCUAAUGGAAACCUUCAGACUCACAUGAGAGUUCACACUGGAGAGAGACCUUUCAUGUGUCUUCAGUGUAAAGAGAGUUUCACGUAUCAAAGAGACCUGAAGCGUCAUUGGAAAACUCGUUGUAGAAGUGCAUUGCAGUGCACUAGGAUUAGGUCUUACGACACUAUAUCAGCUGAAAUAUCACGAUACCAAGUAGUAUCAUGAUACCCUACACACUGGUCUCAAAUUCAAUUCCUGGAGGGCCACAGGUCUGCACAGUUUAGCUCCAACCCUAAUCAAACACACCUGGAUCCAGCUAAAAAGUAGACGUGAUUUGGAGCUAUACUCUGCAGAGCUGUGGCCCUCCAGGAAUUGAGUUUGAGACCUCUGCCCUACAGUAUUGUGCUGAUAUAAUGAUUGAGUUAUUGAAUCCUUUAACUGAUCCGUUCAAAACCACUGAUUCACUCAGGAAUGAAGCAAAUUAAUGUUUUUAUGAAUAGCUCAGUGAAUCAUUCACCUAAUUUGUUCAAAAACACUUUGUAAUUGCUAGUCCAGGUUUGGCUGAAGGCUGCAGAAUGAUCAGUCUUGUUUUUGAAACUCUCAUUAGCUCUUAAAGGCGUGUUGUUUCUUGGAAAUGUCAUUCUGUUUUCAGGGUACACACCAUCCUGUGUGCAUUUUCAUAUCGAUGAUAACCUGUGUAACCUUUAACAUUUUUCAGGAAUGCACGGGCAGGUGCAUCACAAACCAUUGAAGAGAGUUUGAAAAAGUUAACAACACGCAUUUAAAUUCAAAUCCAUUAGCUAAUUCAUUUAUUUCAGAGAUGUAGUCUUCAAGAUUCAGCUAGUGUUGUAGGUUUACAUGUGCCACAAAAUAAACCUAUUGUCACUGGUUCCUCUUGUUUGAUAUUUUGCAGCGUUCCUAGAACGGGCCAGAACUGUGAUGGUUUGCCUCUCUACAAGAGUUCAGCAACAAUGUUGACCUGAAGCUCUAACGUGUGAAUGACUACGUUUACAUGCGCACGAAUAAUGCGAUUAUAUACAAUAAUCAGAGUAAGGACUUAAUCGCAUUAUGAUGUUUACAUGUCAGGAGCAAAGCUCUUACUCCCGUUUACAUUCAAUUUCCAUUAUUCUUAUUAUUCGCUAAGAAUUGUGGUUAAUUCUUUUACUGCCAUUAUUCACAUACCCCACUGGACAGCACAAAUGAUGGACUCAGAAAGAGUAGGUGUGUUACUGGCUGCUGUUUUAAUUUAUUUACGUCUAAUGAAAGACUUUUGUAUGGUUGUAUUCCACGCUUUUUCGGCGCCAUAGAAAUGUGAUGGCAAUUCGUUUGCCUACGCUGCCGUCGCGUUCUACUCGUUUGUGGAUGAGGGUAAGAAACAGAGACUGGUGGCAGUGAGUUUUCCCCAGAAAUGCGAUGCUUUCUUCCCCUCCAUCGCUUUUAAUCUGCGUAUUAUUACAGGUGCGUGUCACGCCAUUCAUAUAUGUCACAAGCGCAUGCGCACUUUGGUCAGAGCGGCAAUACUGCGAUUAAGGUGUUUACAUGUCUGUAUAUUUCGAUUAAAAUCGGCAUAUACCACCUAUGUUAAUACGAUUAUGCUUGCUGCGAUUAUGAGCUUAAUCGCAUUAUUUAGAUCGAAGUAUUGCGUUUACAUGAGGUAAAGUUUAAUCGCAAUAUUGCCAAAAUCAAGUAUAAGUGAUAAAGACUACAGAUGAUUAAAUAGAAAAUAUGGAAAUUAAAAGUAAAGAUUAAAAAUGGUUACAAUAUCCAAACUGAACAUAUUCUGCUAAAACUAAGAUAAAAGUCUAACAGUCUGAGUAUAGUAAUAUUCAAGAGCCGAGAGAUGAAGAUCUUCAAAGCAUGCAAUAAGAGGAAAGAGAAGAAGCUGUCUGAAAAUCCAGUUGGAGUAAUAUACACACGUGGUCAGAAUUAUUGGUACCCUUGGUAAAUAUGAUCAAAGAAGGCUGUGGAAAUAAAUCUGCAUUGUUAAUCCUUUC